CACCCGCGGGAGGCUUAGUAAGCAACCAAGGUUCAGGAAUCUUGGUGGAAGUGAACGAGCUCGCGUCUAGAAGUCCACAUUUGUACACUCAUACAGUGACCGACUACGAACCCUGUCGCUUGAUCGAAGGUGACAAGCCGUCGAAAUGUCCGCUCAUGCUUACACCUUUCUCCCUGAACAGGCACAAGAAGAUGCGCUUCACGCCGCGCGCCUCCUCGCAAUCGAAGAGCGCCCAUUCCAGCGCGUAACUAGCCAUCUACUCGGGAAAGAUUCCCUCCUCCAAUGGACUCCGCCGACUCAACUCCCUUCACCCCCUCCCGAAGGCGAGGCAAGCGAAGCACCAGAUGCCACUGCCACCGACAAUGCCGCCAAACGCCAGCGAAUCCACGAUGAUGUGCUCCUAGACUUUGCCGUGCUCGAAAACAGCAUUCGCCGCAUUCAGCUCCUCCAAUCCUCCAACGCGAAAGAACGUCAGCGUUACGCGGCCGAGAAAGCAAAGAUUGUGGAGACGGCGCAGGCGGUGAAGAAUAACACACUAGGCUUACGCACGCAGUUGGCAGAAGCGCAGCGCAUGCUUGAACUCCGAAAGGGAUACGAUGAGUUGGCGGCCAAGCUGAUUACGCCGAAACUAAAGGCUCGCGCGGAGACGACGGAAGACAUCGUGAAGCUGGAGAAGGAGAUUGAGGACCUGCAGCAGGAGAGUGCGGACUAUGAUGGCACAUGGGUGGGGAGGCGAGAGGCGUUCGACAGAGUUGUUGCGGAGGGACAGGCGAUGAUGAGGGUUAUCAAGGGGAUCAAAGAUGAGCCUGAGCCCGAGACUGAGAAGGAUGAGACUAUGGACGAUGGAGAGGAGGGGGCAGCGACUGCCAAGGGAGGGAGAAGUCGACUUGGAACGCCUGGUCCUGAUAUUGGCGGGCGAACACCGAUGCAGGGCACGGAUCUGGGAGGCAGGACACCUAUGCCAGGAAGCGCGGAGCUUGGGGGAGGAACACCCAUGCGAGGAGACGAGACACCGUUCCCGGAGACCGGUGAUGGAACUCCACGACCCAGCAACAAAAUGCUGGAUGUCGAUGAAGAGUUGCGGAGCAGCAGCUUGGCCGGAUCACCGAUGCUGCAGGCUCAGGAAGGGGAUGUGGAUAUGGAGGAGACGCCGGCGGCUAUAUCGACCAUGGCCGAAGACGCGCAAGCGGAAGAAGAGCAGGUUGAUGGGACUGCGAGCGCAGCGGCCACAAGCGAGCAGGCUGUUGCCACGCCUGCCGAAGAGAUGGAGGUGGAGUGACGGGAAUGCUCUGUCAAAUCUGCUGCAAGCCGAACCACAUCGCCGAACCGUAUCACAUCGGAAUCUCCUGCUGCUUCCACCCGUGUCACGCGCUUCUCCCUCUGGGUCAAAAGAGAGUGAUUCGUCCACCGACCUCAUAUCAACACGAA